AUGUCUAUCUCCAGUGGCCCCUACGGGCAGCCUGUGCUUCCGAACCUCGCAGUUCGCCACCUUUGUCCCAACUGCCGUACUGACCCGCCCAACAUUGUCGAGGAGUAUAGUCACGGCGACCUUGUCUGCGCCGACUGCGGCACCAUCCUUGGUGACCGGAUUGUUGACACGCGGUCAGAGUGGCGUACGUUCGCUGGUGACGAAGGCGGCGACGACCCGUCGCGUGUUGGUGGACCGUCGAACCCUCUGCUUGGCAACGCCUCGCUGGACACCAUCAUCUCUGGCCGCGACGGGCGCACGGGAAUGUCCAAGGACCUCAUGCGUGCCCAGAACAGAGCCAACCAGUCGGCUUCGGGAGGUGGCAAGUCCAACGCACAGCAGCUCCAAGCUGCGUUCGCUCGCGUCGCGGAGAAGACGGAUGCAAUGCAGCUCCCUCGUAAUGUGACCGAGAUAGCACAGCACGCGUACAAGAUCGGCGAUGCGGAGCGCCUUGCUCGCGGUCGGAACGAUGACACUCUCAUCGCGGCGUCUAUCGUCUUCGCUACGCGGAUGGCUGGAGCUCAGCGUUCGUUCGGUGAAGUCUGCAAGGUUACGAAGGUCUCCAAGUCCGAGGUGGGCCGUGUGUUCAAGCUUCUCAAGGCAGCGGUCGACAAGACUGGUGCAGCUGGGCGCAAAAGUACCACGAACAUGAGUGCCGUGGUCGAGAGUCUUCUCGGCCGUUACUCGAACUACCUCGACCUUGGCACUCCGAUCCUCAACUCCGCUAAGCAUGUCGCGCCUCUGGCGAUGCGUCUUCCGACCAUCGACGGCCGUACCCCUGGAGCAAUCGCGGCCGGCGUCCUGUACUUCACGACGACGUUAAUGGAGAAGUCGACCACGUCGAAGGAGAUUGCUGGCAUUUCCGGGGUGUCCGAGUCCACCAUCAAAAUGAUCUGCAAGAAGGUCGGAGAGGAGCUCGACCAGGUCAUCAAGCCCGAGUGGAAGGAUCAGUUCCCCAAGGGGUACAAGGACGUUGACGUCCUGGGCAGCAGGAACCCGCGUUCGACGAGCACGGCGCAGGCGUCGCGUGCAGGUACACCAGCGCCCAGCGGGACCAACACCCCCAAUGUCACCAACUAG